CACAAACGCACCCCCCCACACCUUCACACACACACGCGCGGAUAUCCGUUUAGACAGUCGCGAUUGCCUAUACGAACCGACGGCAUCCUUGAUUCGGUAUAAAACGAAGCAGCGACAUACCGAGCGGAGCACACAAAUUACACUCCGCCACAGACAGCUGGGCUGUUGCUGCAACUGCAACAGUCUUUUGUGUCUGACGCGAGACCCCCAUAGCUUGUCUCCACGGGCGACGGACGGAGGAGAAGAGGACCAAAAUGGAACUGAUGGAUCAGAAAGAGCGACGGGGCAUGAAUAUCAAAGGCUUCAUGAAGAAGAACUGGCUGCUCAUCGCCACGGUGAUAGCGGUGGUGCUGGGGAUCGGGUUGGGCCUGCUGGUGAGAGAGUACACGUCUCUGUCCCACUUGGAGAGGCAGUACUUUGGGUUCCCCGGGGAGAUCCUGAUGCGGAUGCUCAAGAUGAUCAUCCUGCCGCUCAUCAUGUCCAGCAUGAUCACAGGAAUCGCUGCGCUGGACUCUGAGGUGUCUGGGAAGAUAGGUCUUAGGGCUGUGGUCUAUUACUUCACCACCACCAUCUUCGCAGUCAUCCUGGGCAUCAUCCUGGUGGUCUCCAUCAAACCUGGGGUGUCCCAUAAGCACUUCGGCAGCACCGGGACCACGCCCAACGUGACCACCGUCGACACCAUCCUGGACCUCGUCAGGAACAUGUUCCCCGAGAACCUGGUGCAGGCUUGCUUCGCACAGUACAAGACAAAGCGUGUGGAGCUUCCGCCGCCUCCAAAAGUUCUGCCGGAGAACGCUACGUUGACCCCGCCUCUCGUGACUACACUGAUGGCGGUUAUGGAGAACGUCACCAAGGAGUACAAGAUCACGGGCUCGUACUCGGAGGGGAUGAACGUGCUGGGCCUCAUCGUGUUCUGCGCCGUGUUCGGCCUGGUCAUCGGCAAGAUGGGCGCCCGGGGCCGCAUCCUGCUGGACUUCUUCGACGCGCUGAACGAGGCCACCAUGCGGCUGGUGCAGAUCAUCAUGUGCUACAUGCCCGUCGGAAUCCUCUUCCUAAUUGCGGCCAAAAUUAUUGAAGUGGAAGACUGGGCGAUCUUCGGGAAGAUGGGUCUUUAUAUGGCCACCGUGCUGACUGGACUGGCCAUCCACGGCCUCCUGAUCCUGCCGCUCAUCUACUUCGUCUUCGUGAGGAAGAACCCCUUCACGCUGAUGCUCCAGAUGGCCCAGGCGUUGGUCACCGCCCUGAUGAUCUCCUCCAGCUCCGCCACGCUGCCCGUGACCUUCCGCUGCGCGGAGGAGAACGUCGGCAUCGACAAGCGCAUCACGCGCUUCGUGCUGCCCGUGGGCGCCACCAUCAACAUGGACGGCACGGCGCUGUACGAGGCCGUGGCCACCAUCUUCAUCGCCCAGCUCAACGACUACAACCUGGACGUGGGACACAUCCUCACCAUCAGCAUCACUGCCACACUGGCCAGCAUCGGCGCAGCUGGGAUCCCCAACGCAGGCCUGGUUACCAUGGUGAUGGUCUUAACAGCUGUUGGGCUGCCGGCCAACGAUGUCACGCUGAUUGUUGCCGUGGAUUGGCUCCUCGACCGUUGCCGCACCAUGAUCAACGUGCUGGGGGACGCGUACGGAGCGGCGGUGGUGGAGAAGCUGUCCAAGCGUGAGCUGGAGCGGAUGGACGUGGCGUCCGACGUGGACAUGGCCAACCCCUUCGCCCUGGACUCGCCGCUGGACGACGAGGACUGCGAGAAGAAGUCCUACGUCAACGGCGGCUUCACCGUCGACAAGUCGGACGCCAUCUCCUUCACCGAGACCUCACAGUUCUAGUCGCCUCUUCAGUUCUCUCCCCCCCCCCCCGACGCCAUGGCGACGAGGUGAUGGAGGGACGCCGCCGAAUCCUAAUCCCGCCUCCCUGAAUUCCUCACCCCCCCGAGCACAAACAUUAAUAUCAGCGCCAUCUUGUUUUUGUCCCAUCCUGCGUUUAAUCAACCCCCCCUCCCUCCCCCACCACCUUCUAUCCAAUGGGGGGGGGGCGGACAUGCGCCGUUCCUAAGCUCCAGCGUCACUAGAUUCAAGUGCUUCCUUGCUACGCAGACCGUGUGCCAAGAUAUCAAUGUAAAAGCCUUUCUUCUGUGUUGUUGUUUUUUUAUUACAACUUUUGGUUCACAAAGGUGCACUGACCGGAAGUGUGUGUGUGCGGGUGUCUGUGUGUGUGUGUGUGUACGUGUGUGUGUGUGAGAUUGAGAGAGAUUGGAGAUAAUUUUUUAGCAUCAAAAAAUAGAUCCACACAGAGCAGUCAUCUGAACUUUUCUUUUCAAAAUUAAAGCAUGAGGAUGAAAAAAGUAUGAAAAGAAACUCAAGAUCGCCGCGAACUUCAAAUGAUAAUUAUGUACUUUACUGUGAAAUACUACUACUUUGUUUGUUAUUUGUAUUGUUUCAAAGCUUUUAAUGAUCAAUCCUUGCGUGUGCUUGUAGUUUAUAACCAAUUUCCCCAGACCCAGUGUUGUGUCUGUAGCCUAUAGGCUAUUAUAUUGCCAAACUGUGCCAAACAUAAUAGAUUUUUUAAUUAUCUAGAUGCAUGAAGCAAUACAUGAAAAAUGGUGACGGCUGUUUACAGACAUGAUAUAGUAUUGAGUCCAAAAGUUCACCAAGAGAAAUGAUCCCAUUCACAAUUGAUGAGACACUGUGAAAUCCAAUUAGGUUUAUUUUCCCAUUGUAAGUAGGCCUAUUGCCAACUAUAAACGUAUUACCUAUACUUCAUCAGGUUAUUUUUCACCACGCAUUUCUCAUUGGAGGUCCAUAACAUUCGAUCACUUGUGUUGGACGAUUGUUAUAACUGAUUUGACCUAUUUCUACCAUCUUUCGACAUUUUGCAUAGUCAAGUUAUUUUUUAUGCCAUAGGGCUGUGGGGCCAAACCGAUUUUACACACUACACUCCUGCAAUUCAACCGCUCUCUCCUGGGUGAAUGUGCAUAGUAAGAAGGACGUUGCAGGUGUUUUUGUUCUAUAUUAAAACACACUAGAAACUCCACGUUGCAGCCCAAAAUAGAGCCGUGUCUCAGCAAAAAGCUUCCUCAAAGGAAGAGGGUUGUAAAGAGGACCGCUGCACUUUGUGAGUUUAAAAAGAAUGUUCCCGCUUGAUCAACAUCUGGGGGGAGCAGUGGUUGAUCCGCUUUUCUUUUGAGUCCAGGCAAACAAGCGAUUGGGAUAUAUGGCGGUGGGUUGAAAUCGACUUCCGUUACGUUGGGGCAAACGGGGGGCAGGUUUGAUCAAAAAGUACUGUCCGGUUGUCUGGUCGUGAAAUAAUUGGCUCCACUAUGGAACAAAAUGACUUGUAGUAGCCCGACAAUGGGAAGCACUUUAUUUUAUCUGCCAUUGUUUAUUUUGUAAUUUCUUGGAAAAACGAAUAAAGGUCGAUUGUGUGA